CGGGCGUAACUUUGGAUGGGAGUUACUGUCUCUCUCUCAAAUAGACCAGCUUGAUAAACAGAGGCGAGUCGGACGGGCAGGCAGGCAGGACAGGACAGGAAAGCCGCCGGAGCCCAGCCAGACAAGCCAUCAUGCAGGGAGCCAAAGGCAGCAUGACGGUGACAGGAGACUCUUCGGAGCUGGAGUGGGCUAUCCAGACCCUGGUGAAAAACUACAACAAAUACUCCGGGAAAGGAUGUUGUUGCCGCAGACGGCGAGGGAUCAGCAAAUCCGACUUCAGGAAGAUGCUUAGCCACGAACUGAACCACAUGCUGACGGACACCAAGAACAGGCAGGCGGCCGACAAACUGAUCUGCGACCUGGAUGAGAAUCAGGACGGGGAGAUCAACUUUGACGAAUAUUGGAACUUGAUCGGGGGCAUCGCCAGCCCCAUCUCCUGCCUGAUCCGACAGCAGGAAGAGAAUGAGAAAUUCAAAAAAUAAAGACAGCCGUGGAAUCAAAGGGAAAUAAUCCACCGUAAUGACCCCAAAAGCCCCUUGACCCCAUUGCUGACCCCUAGUUCCCUGCAUUUUGGUCCGGCUAACCUUAAGAAUGUGGGGCAGGGGAACUCUGGGGCAGGG